ACAGACUUCUUCCGCCAUUGUCGGCAUAGUUGAUGGACUGACGACUCGUUGGAUUACAGAUGUAUAUUUCUCGUGCUAAUCUGGGAAUUAUUGUGCGGUUUGCUACACUAACAUAUAACUUAAAUAUUUAGUGACUAUAUAUUAUUCAUUUCACUGAUAAUUUUGACCACAAACGGAGUACGCGUGAUUAUAAUUCAGGUGUAUAGGUGAAUAUUGGCCUAGGAGUUAAAGUCUGUUUCUGUAAACGAUUUCUCAGGCUUUUAAUAGUGCUACGAGUAUUACACUGCAUAUUUGAAGUGGUGCUUUUUCCACAGAGGAAUGUGGUGAUCGGUAAUUGAUGGUCAGAUGACACAGAACGGAUGUUUCCUCAUUUUGGCCACUGUUUAAUAUAGCCAUGAGCUUCAGCAGUGAUGAAAUUAACUUCCUUGUAUAUCGAUAUUUACAGGAAUCAGGUUUUGUUCAUUCUGCGUACACGUUUGGUAUAGAGAGCCACAUAAGUCAGUCCAACAUAAAUGGGGCUCUUGUGCCUCCCGCGGCACUCCUCAACAUUAUACAGAAGGGUCUCCAGUACACGGAGGCGGAAAUCAGCAUAGGGGAGGAUGGGUCAGAAAAGGUUAUUGAGUCUUUAUCACUGAUUGAUGCUGUAAUGCCGGAUGUGGUAGAGUCUAGGAAACAGGCGGCAGCUAAAGCCCACAUCAAAACGGCAGAGACGCCUAAUACUAAUGGUGAAGAGCCCUCCCAGACACUUACCAAUCACACAGAGUCGAUGGAAGUUGAUGGCAGUUUGGAAAUCCCAAGCAGCAAAGCCACAGUGCUACGUGGCCAUGAGUCGGAGGUGUUCAUCUGUGCUUGGAAUCCAGCUAAUGACCUGCUAGCAUCUGGGUCUGGGGAUUCUACAGCACGGAUCUGGAACAUGAAUGACAACAGCAAUAGUGCUAAUCAGCUGGUGCUGCGUCACUGUAUCCAGAAAGGAGGAACGGAGGUCCCCAGCAACAAAGACGUUACAUCUUUAGACUGGAAUUGUGAAGGUACAUUGCUGGCUACAGGAUCCUAUGAUGGUUACGCUAGAAUAUGGAGCACAGAUGGUCGGUUGGUUAACACACUAGGGCAACAUAAAGGUCCAAUAUUUGCUUUAAAGUGGAAUAAACGAGGGAAUUACAUCCUUAGUGCUGGGGUGGAUAAGACCACUAUUAUCUGGGACGCAAGUUCAGGGAAUUGUACACAACAGUUUUCAUUUCAUUCUGCUCCUGCGCUGGACGUAGAUUGGCAGACAAAUGCAACUUUUGCGUCCUGUUCCACUGACCAGUGUAUACACGUUUGUCGAUUAGGGGUUGACCGGCCCAUCAAAACAUUCCAAGGCCAUACGAAUGAAGUAAAUGCCAUCAAGUGGGAUCCACAGGGUCAGCUUUUAGCAUCGUGUUCAGAUGAUAUGACAUUAAAGAUAUGGGAUAUGCAGCAUAACAAUUGUGUCCAUGAUUUACAAGCUCACAACAAAGAAAUCUACACAAUCAAAUGGAGUCCCACUGGGCCAGGAACCAACAAUCCAAACGUACCACUGAUUUUAUCAAGUGCGUCAUUUGAUUCCACGGUGCGUCUCUGGGAUGUACAGCAGGGUACCUGCAUCCACACGCUGACCAAGCACCAGGAACCUGUCUAUAGUGUGGCGUUCAGCCCAGACGGAAAGUUCCUGGCAAGCGGGUCUUUUGACAAGUGUGUUCAUAUAUGGAAUGUGCAGAGUGGUGCAUUGGUUCAGAGUUACCGGGGUACAGGAGGCAUUUUUGAAGUGUGUUGGAACCACCGUGGGGACAAAGUGGGGGCGAGUGCUUCUGAUGGAUCAGUAUUUGUCUUGGAUUUGCGGAAGUGAAGAAUUGCUAUAAAAACAAGAACAUUGCUAGCUGCUACCUCGUAGUCUUUUUCAAAGGAAUGAAACAUGAAAGAGCUCGAUGGGUCUCUGAUGACAGAGAAUAAUCAUAUGGAUCGAUCUUCAAUCAAAGUGAAAUGCAAAUGAGGCACAGUCCAGGUCUAAGUCGACUGUUUAAGAUGAGCCCAUUUCCCCAGGGUCGGAUAGUGCUGAACGGUCCAGAGAGUUGACGGCAGUUAACGGCAUGUAUGCAGCCUGCUCAGGUUGACAGAGACUGUAAGCCCAUAUGCAGUCUAGCACACAGAGUUGAUAAGUCAGUUCUGAUAUCAGAAAGAUUGUGUUUUUGUGCACAGAGAGGUUAUUUAGAUUGAGAGAAAGGAAAGGUGAAUCUAAAGAUAUUCCUUAAGAACGAGCUUGAACAAGAAAUAUUUUGCUUGUGAGAUGAGGACCUUUGUCUACAGGUCUAUUAAGAAAGAGUUAAAGAUGUAUUCCUUGAAUUAAUUCCUAGCACCAAAGAGGACACUAUUGAACAGAGAAAUAUGCUCUAUAAUGAUCAGCUAUUUUAAUCAUCAUGUGAAAAAAUUAAAAUCUGUCAGUGAUGAGUGUAUGUAAUUUUUGACCGACAUGAUGCGGUCAACUUGUUUAUUGUGUCAAUCUUGAAUUGUGUAUUUCUCGAUUUGAGAAAGCAUACUAUUAACACAGUCCAAAGAUAAUUCUCCCCCAUUGUAGCGUUUCUUUGUUAUGACACUUUCUCUUUGUAACAUUUUCUCUUAAAUUAAGAGUGUCUGAUUUCUUUUCAGAUGAAGAAUGUUCUUUUCUUUACAUGUAAAUUGUCUCUUCGUCAUUGUGUAUAAAAAACAAAAAUGAUUUUUUUUUUCAAAUAUUUGUGAAUCGGUUCAGUCCCUAAAACUUUUUGAGGCUUUUCAGGUGACUGGUCUGUUCUGAAAUAUUGAAAAUUUCACAAAAACUUCUCAAAUGAUUUAUCAUGAAACUUUUCAAGCAACUUAAUUCCUAGCUGUGUAGGUUUAAUUUUUUUAAAGUUUAGGUUUUGAGAAUAUUCAAAAAUGCUCUUCUUUUUUUCUUUGUGCUGAUACAUUGUUAAUGGUUUAUUUGUUUCACUGCAAACUCACUGCAAUAGUUUGCAGUGAGGUAGAGCUUCAAAGUUUCUUUGUUGUGUUUAGUUUAGGUUAUUUUAAAGUUUCUAUAUUAAUGCUUGGUUAUAAAUCUAAAAGUAAAAAAAAUUCAAAAAUAUUAUGACAUUGAAAAAAGAUCAAAUUUGUAUGACAGAUUAGACUUUUUUUGGAAGCAAUCAAGACAAUAUCUUGCCAGUUUGACUUCCAUGAAAUCUGGUAACUAAUAUACUGUACUUACUGUAUAAGCUAAUGCCAAUUAAGUCUUGUUUCGUUUUCACAGUUUGAUAAGUUGGAAUGAAAUUAGUAAAAUUUGGGGUAGCACCAAUACUUCGGUAUCUGUUGAUUAUGCUGUGAAGAACUCAUCCGUUUUCAGAAAAUAUAUUACUGGUCAUAGAAAAGAAAUUUAAGAGAUGUGUAUUUCAGUAACAACAGGAGAAAAUCUUUUCAAUUUUUUUAUGGUAUUUUUAUUUUUUCCACUUAAAAAAAAAAAAGAAAAAUCAGGGACACUGAUGAUUCUGUAACAACGAACACAUUUGUAUUACGCUUCAUGUCAACAACUGGAAUAUUAUUACUGAUUUCAUAAGAAAUAACUUCAAUAUUUAAAAUAUUGCAUUGGCUUGAUAGGAGAUCACUAGCAUGCAAGUUUUACUGUUUAUGGUACAUACUUUUAGUGAUUUUUAAUUGAUUUUUCAAUUUCUCCUGUGAAUAUGAUUAAAAUUAGCACAAGAUGCUAGUGACUUUAGUCCAGGUCACAGUUUGGUUGAUUUAGUCAUUAACAUCAAUAAAGGAUAUACAUGUAUACAGUUUUGUAAAUGAUUACUUAUGUAAGGUAAUAUAUAAUUUGGCAAUCAUAAUUAAGAUACGAAAGGUGGCAUAAACAAUUUCAGAAAUUGCUUUAUGUAAAAUAUUCUACAGAAACAAGUUUUUCAAUUGUCUGUAUUAAAGUAGAGUUUACCUUAGUAGAGAAUUACUAGAUGACUGCAUUUAAAUAUUGAAAGAUACAUUUUUUUACAAAAUGAAAAGUGCUGUAUUUAACUUAAAAUUUCCUGUUUUGUUUGUUUUUUUCUCUCUUAUUUUAUUUUUGUUGAUUUUGUGAGUGUUUUUAUGUAAAUUUGACCACAAAAAUUGGUCAAUAUUGAUUAUAUGUAGUAUUGCCACUAAAAUCAACACGGUAUUCCGCAACUGAUGAUACAAAGCUUAAAAGGUAAAAGAGAGACAGUAAAUGUCUUAAUUUCUCAGUAAUCAUUUUAAUUGUGUAUAUAAUCUGAUAGGAAGUGUAUUAGUUUGAAACUUGAAGACUAUUUGUGCGAAGGUCAUUUUUCAUUUUUUUUCUCCAUUGGAAAGGUAUGUGUUAGUUUGGAACAAAGAUCAGUUGAUGUUUUUCAUUAAUUUUCCAGAUUUUUUGUUGGACAUGCAUUGAAAUUUGGAUCUUGCAGUUAAUAAUGUGAUUAGAUUUUGUAAUUAUGUAAGUUGGAAGGUGUUGCCCUGGUUGUUUGUGAUGGGUAAAAAUGUGCUUACUGUAAUAGUAAUGUAGUGAGGAUGAAAGACAUAUUUAACAAAGCCAUGACAAGAGAGAAUAUAUGAGUGGGUUUUCUUUCUACCUUUCAGUGUUUUAUGUUGCAAACUCCAUGCCUGGACUUUUUUUUUAAAAUUAAUUAUUUGUACUGUUAAUACUUAUUCUGUAUUCCAUCAUAAAAACAUAAAUACUUCUGAAAUUGGAACUUCUGAACGAAUUAAUCUGACAUUUCAAAAGAUUUCAGUAGCAUUGUUAUCUAUAGAUUAUUUUAGAAUGGCAUUUUUAAAUGCGUGUACACUAAGGCAUUGGAACUUGGUGUGAAGAACCCUUGGGUGAAUGUGGAUUAUUUUGUGUGGGUGUUAUGAUUGGUAGUAAAAGGUCAUAGGGCAAGAGGGAGUGAAUGAAUAAAGAGAUAAAAAAACAUUAGUAACAUAAAGUAGAUAAAUAAAGGCAGCUACUGCAUGGAUAAACGAUCAUGUACAUACAAUGAGCACUACACACCAUACAUAGGAUUCACCUGGCCUGCUAGUAGCAAGUUUCAUUAGUCACACAUCAAGUCUGUUAAUCACUGGACUUCUUUAACUAUUGUUUGAUAGGGAAUAUUUCAAUCCUAGAAUAUUUUUCAUAUAUUUCGAAAAUAUUCAGAAAUAUUGUUUUCAGACUUGUCAGUUCUGUUGAUGUGACGAUGAAACUUGACUUGGCUGAUCAUCCAUAACUAUUUAACUAGAUAUAAACAAAAGCGGACACUGGUUUUAACUAGACAAACUUUCAUUAAUAAAGCCAUGUUGUUAUUGUGAAGAAGAAGUGCAUGUAUGUAAUAUGUUGUGUUUUGGAGAAUUCAUUAUAUUUGGUCAACAGGUUCCUCAACAUUUUUAUCGUGAUAUCACAUGGGUUAAUAGGAAACCUGUACUGAUCCGUCGAUCUUAGGCUGUUAUUAAUAUGUCUGUCAAAUACAAAUAUACUUUGUA